AUGUCUGAUAUUGUUACCAAAAACGAUCCUACUACCUCCACAACAACAACAUUUUCUAAUGAACAAAAAUCACAGAUAGUCAAGCAAAUGGAGUUUUAUUUUUCAGAACAUAAUUUCCCAUAUGACAAUUUCUUGCAACAAUUAAGUCAAUCUAAUGAAGAACGUUGGAUUCCAAUAACCACGAUUUUAACCUUUAAUAGAAUGAAGAAAUACAGACCAGCGGAUGAAGUGGUUAAUGUUUUAAGAGAACAAAGCACCAUUUUAGAGAUUAGCACCGAUGGUGAAAACAUUAGAAGAAAAAUCCCCUUAAAACUUGAUGAAUUGGAUAAAUUAAAAAGCAAUCAACUGGCUAAAAGUUGUGUUUUGACUAAUUUCCCUAUUUCUGAAGAAACAAACGAUUUUCUUGCUGUUCAGGAUAGAAUUGAAAAAUUUAUUGAUCAAACAUGCAAUGCUGAAAAGAAAUUUCAAUUCAAACAAAUUAGAUUAAAGUACCGUCGUAGGUUCAAUAACAAGUAUCAUAAGCGUUCAAUUAAUGGUACUGACGAGCACGCAGAAGACAGAUCUGGAAUGGAACAAGUUGCUAAAGGUGUUGAUAACGAAUCCGUUAAGGAAGAAGUUGUUAAAAAUGCUGAUGGAAAAUCUGACGAAGCACCAUCUGCUAUAGAAGAGGUUGUUCCAGAUGUUAAUACUAAUACUAAUGCUGUCACUACUGAUGAUAACAGUAAUAGUAAGGAAAACACUGCAAAAUCAGAAGAUGACAGUAAAAGUAUCAAGGAUAAUGCGGGAGGUAAAAUCUUUAUUGAUGUUGUUGUUGUCGAAUUAGAUACUCCCGAACAAGCCAAAGAGUUCAUUACACAUGUUAAUGAAUCUAAUAUUGAAUACGAAAAUAAAAAAAUUGUGUGUUUAAGUCAACAAGCCUUUAAUCAACAAAGAAUGGCCACUAAAAACAAACACUUUAGCGGUAAGAAAAGAUCAAGAAGUUUUUCUGGCCCAAGAAAAAAUAUGGUAUCCAAUAGAGGCAAAAACAAUUACAAAAAUAGAAAAUUUAAUAGAGACAAUAAAAAUAGCAAUCAUAAAAGUGAUAACGUGACCGAUGAAGUUAAUACUGCCGAUGCAGAGCAUUGA